AUGGAAUCCUAUCAGAUAUCGGAUACCGAAACAGAGGAAUACAAACGAAUACUGAAGGAAACGGGAUACACAGCUCUUUGUGAAAAGUUAGAAGAGCCCAUCAAUGGAUGGAAAAAGGUCCAAAUAAAUAUUGCUGUAACAGGAGAACCUGGGACAGGGAAGUCGUCCUUUAUCAACUCUAUCAGAGGGCUGAAAGCUGAUGAUCCUGGUGCAGCUGAAGUAUCCUUGUUCGAAACUACUAUGAAUCUGAGCGGUUACCCACACCCUGACAAUCCAAAUCUUCGCAUUUGGGAUUUGCCUUAUGUAGGAACAUUAACCUUCACGCGGGAUAACUACUUGCAGAAAGCAGCAUUAAGUCAGUUUGACUUUUUUUUACUCCUGUCUGCUUCGCGGUUUAAGGAAAAUGACAUUUGGCUCGCAAAGGAAUUUCUUAAAUUGAAGCCAAAUUUUCACUUUUUCUUUGUACGAACAAAGAUCGACGAUGAUCUUCGCUCCUCACAAAAAGGACGACGCAAACUGCAGACCGCCGAAGAUAUGCAUGCAUUGCAGCAGGAAAUCAAAGAGUGGGCAAGGCUCAAUCUUGUGAAACACGGGAUAUCUAAUGCAAACAUAUAUCUUGUUGACAACUAUGACACAGCAGCUUUUGACUUUGGUACAAUGUAUUCGAAACUGAUGCAAAACGUUUCCAGACUUGAAAGGGAGGCAAUGAUCAUGGCCACAAAGGAAGUUGUUCAAACGAAGCUCGCUUUUUUGAAAAGUAGAAUCAGCUUGGUUUCUCAAACUGCGGCAGAGGCUGCAGUCUUUGCAACUGCAGUCACAAACAAGUAUCCGGCAGAAAUAUACGUGUUGCUAGAGGAGUGCAGAUUGUAUCGUUCGCAGCUAGGACUCAAUUUAAAUUCGUUAGAAAUCAUCGCAAAACGUUUUGAAAUUGAUUUCGAAGAAUUGCUGGUCAACUUGUCAAUGACAUCUUACAUAUAUGUAGAUUGUGAGGAUGGGUUUGCCAACUUUUAUACAAGGUUUGGAAUAAUUGAACCAAAAAUUUGGCAUUCACUGCCACUUAUCGGAAACAUGUUAAAGGUCAAAGCUCACCAGAAAGAAGGCGCUUUUAUUCUGAAAGAAUUCCUUGACAUGUGUGCGAAAGAAACACAUGACCUUCAGAUGUACAUGGCCAAGGCUUUAGAGGGAUCCGAAUUUUAG